AGCUUCCGGCGAGGUAGGGGCUGCUGCUCCGCCGACGGUGGCCGCUCGCUCAGGUGGUGGUAAUUUUCUGCCCUCUCGCGAGCUGGAAGGUAGUGUCGUGCGGCUAACCCGCACCAUGAUGCCAUUCGGAGAGGCUGCUCGGACCUCGGCGGGGCUGUAGCGGCAGGCGACCAUAGGCACCUCCCCAGGGCGGGAAGCGGAGGAAGGCGGGUGCGCACCGGUACACGUGCAGCGCGUUGGCUCCUUAGUGCUAGUCUACUCAAAGCUAGAAUGAAACAGUUGUCUGCAGCAACAGUUCGCCUCCUUUCAAGUUCUCAGAUUAUCACUUCAGUGACCAGUGUUGUAAAAGAGCUCAUUGAGAACUCCUUGGAUGCUGGUGCCACAAGCAUAGAUGUCAGAUUGGAAAACUAUGGAUUUGAUAAAAUUGAAGUUCGGGACAAUGGCGAGGGAAUCAAGGCCAUUGAUGUGCCUGUGACGGCAGUGAAGUACUACACUUCAAAGAUAAAUAGUCAUGAAGAUCUCGGGAAUCUGACAACUUACGGUUUUCGUGGGGAAGCCUUGGGUUCAAUAUGUAGUAUAGCUGAGGUUUUAAUUACAACCAGGACAGCUGAUGAUGAUUUUAGCACCCAGUAUGUCUUAGAUGAUAGUGGCCACAUACUUUCUCAGAAGCCUUCACAUCUUGGACAAGGUACAACUGUAACUGCUUUAAAAUUAUUUAAGAAUCUACCUGUAAGAAAGCAAUUUUACUCUACUGCUAAAAAAUGUAAAGAUGAAUUAAAGAAGAUACAGGAUCUCCUCAUAAGCUACGGCAUUCUUAAACAUGAUGUGAGGAUUGUUUUUGUACAUAAUAAGGCAGUUAUUUGGCAGAAAAGUAGAGUAUCAGACCACAGAAUGGCUCUCAUGUCCGUGCUUGGGACGGCUGUUAUGAGCAACAUGGAGUCCUGUCAGCACCGCUGCGAGGAAUCACAGAUUUAUCUCCAUGGAUUCUUUCCAAAGCCUGAUGCAGACCAUAAUUCCACAAGUCUUUUGACCUCAGAGAGAAGUUUCAUCUUUAUAAACAGUCGGCCAAUAUAUCAGAAAGAUAUUUUAAAGUUAAUCCGACAUUAUUAUAAUCUGAAGUGCCUAAAGGAAUCUACUCGUUUGUAUCCCAUUUUCUUUCUGAAAAUUGAUGUUCCCACAGCUGAUGUGGAUGUAAAUGUGACACCAGACAAAAGUCAAGUAUUAUUACAGAAUAAGGAAUCUGUUUUAAUUGCUCUUGAAAAUCUGAUGAUGACCUGUUACGGACCACUACCUAGUACAAAUUCUUAUGAAAAUAAUAAAGCAGAUGUUUCCUCAGCUGACACGGUUGUUAGUAAAACAGCAGAAACAGAUGUGCCUUUUAAUAAAACAGAAUCUGGAAAUAAUUAUCCAACUGUUGAUACUUCAACUAUUCUGUUCCAAAACGAUGUACAUAUUGAUGAAUCUAGAAAAAGCACUAACCAGGGUUUAAGUCAACAAAUAAAUGCGAGUGACCAUUAUGAGGGUCAUUUAAGUAGUGAAAAUAAUAGCAUUAAUAAGGAUACAACAAGUACAUUUCAAAAUAACCCUAUGAAUAAUUUAUCAUGCAAGGAUUCUCAAAGUGAAUCUAGUGACAUAGGUUCUGUAGAUUCUGAUAAGCAUACUCCAUUGGAAAAUGGCAAUAAAAGUUUGAGAGACAAGGGCAGGGAAAAUGAGGAGGAAACAGUUCCUGAGAAGUCUUUGGAAGUUGGUGCAGAUGACUGGAGCAAGGGAAAUGUAUUUAAUUCAAUGGGAGAGAAGAUUGAACCUGUGACAAUUUUAGUGCCUCAAAAAAGUUUGGCAUGUAAAAUAAAUAAUGGUGGUCACCUAAGCCUUGAACAAAAGAAUCUCAGUGAUGGUCCCUGUGGCAAAAAGUCAAAUGUAAUAGACAAUAAACCAGGACAGCUUACAGCCUAUGACUUAAUUAGCAAUCGAGUAAUCAAGAAACCCAUGUCUGCAAGUGCCCUUUUCAUUCAAGAGCAUCGUGCUCAGUUUCUCACGGAAAAUCCCAAGACUAGUUUAGAGGAUGCAACCACACAAAUUGAAGAACUGUGGAAGACAUUGAGUGAAGAGGAAAAACUGAAAUAUGAAGAACGGGCUACUCAAGACUUGGAACGGUACAAUAGUCAAGUGAAGAAAGCCGUGGAGCAGGAGUCACAAAUACCACUAAAAGAUGGCAGAAAAAAAAUAAAACCCAGCAGCACUUUGAGUUUGGCACAGAAACAUAAGUUGAAAACCUCAUUAUCUAAUCAACCUAAACUUGAUGAGCUUUUUCAGUCCCAAAAUGAAAAGAAGAAGGGUCAUAGUAUUAAAGUUGUAGAGAUCCCCUUUUCUAUGGAGAACUUAAAAAUCAAUUUUGAGAAACAAAGGAAAUUUGACUUAGAAGAGGAUGAACUCUUCUUGAUCCACAAUCUCAGGUGUCCUGAUGCAUGGCUAAUUACAUCCAAAACAGAGGUCAUGUUACUCAACCCCUACAGAGUGGAAGAAGCCCUGCUCUUUAAAAGACUUCUUGAGAAUCAUAAACUUCCUGCAGAGCCACUAGAAAAGCCAAUUAUAUUAACAGACAGUCUUUUUAAUGGAUCUCAUUACUUAGAAGUUUUACAAAAAAUGACAACAGAUGACCAGAGAUACAGUGGAUCCAUUUACCUGUCGGAUCCUCGUCUUAUAGCAAAUGGCUUCAAGAUAAAAUUGAUACCAGGAGUUUCCAUUACUGAAAACUACUUGGAAAUAGAAGGAAUGGCUAAUUGUCUCCCAUUUUAUGGAGUAAUGGAUUUAAAAGAAAUUCUUAAUGCUAUAUUAAACAAAAAUGCAAAAGAAAUUUAUGAAUGUAGGCCACGUAAAGUGAUAAGUUAUUUGGAGGGAGAAGCAGUCCGUCUAUGUAGACAAUUACCCAUGAACUUAUCAAAAGAAGACAUCCAAGAUAUUAUCUACAGAAUGAAAGACCAGUUUGGAAAUGAAAUUAAAGGGUGUGUUCAUGGUCGUCCAUUUUUUCAUCAUUUAGCCUAUCUUCCAGAAACUUUAUGAUGAAUGAUAAAUGUUUAAGACAAUUUCCAUUGAGUUGAUACAAACCAAUGAAUCAGCUUUUCAGCCAUUUGGUACUAUGUGUCAAAUGAUUGUUUUAUAAAUAGGAUUCACUGGCUUGUUUGUAUAUUGAAAAUGUUUGUAAAAAAUAUAAAUAAAUACUAUAUACUGUU